UCAUCGGCUGGAAGAAUAAUCAAAGAAUAAAUAAAAAAAUAAAAACUUCAAAAAAAUACUACCAAUAAUUGCCAGUUGUAAUUAAAAUUGAACCCCUCGUGCAUACCUUGGUAUUUACCUUCAUAAUUUUGUUGCUGCUGUAAUUACGUCGGCCGAGAAGGGACCCAUGUUGGAGCAAGAAGAUUUUACGAUUACGACGAUCACGGCCAGCGGGGAUGCUGCCCCCCACGGAAGUCUUGAUCAGGACGUGAUUGGUCAAGUUUGCAAAUUCCUUGCCACCUCAGACAUCAAGAAUUGUCGGCUUGUCUCGUCUUCCUGGAAUUAUGAAUGUACUCCUGUUCUUAAAGCAAGGACGAGAACAAGACUCGACCUAUCGCCCGGAUAUGAUGAGAAUGGUCAUUAUUUUGAAUUCGGUUUGUGCGACUGGGACAUUUUGGACGUCGUGAAGAAGAUGAAGUUCUGUCCGGUCAAUGUUUACCUGGGGGUUCCAUCUGCCCACCAUUACGUUCUGCCUGACGUGGAUUUCGCCAUAUUUCCGUCCAUCAACAAUUUAAAAUCAAUCAUUGUACAGUUUCCCGCCCGGCAUGAGUUUCCUUGGCAGAUGAAGUUAUCCACAAAUGUUAUCAUGUCGUCGUCCACGACUUUGGAAGAAUUGGAAUUUGACUGGAUGGAAGAUGAAAGAUCCCAGGAUUUCCCGUCACUUCGCGGAAUCGUGUUUCCGAAAUUGAUGAAUUUAAUGGUCAAAAGUAACUUCAAUUCUUUUCGUGACAAUCCUGUCCAACGAAUUGGCCAAGCUAUUGUGGCAUCAUUCCCAAACCUGAAAUAUCUCGAGAUCAAUUGUGACUACUUAGAGGACGGACUAUUGCCAAAUUUUCCAAGGUCCCUGACUGGUUUACAGGUGAUCGGAUAUUUCGACACGGCUAAGCUUGAAUGCCUCUUGAAAAUUCCGGCCACUUUGAAGAAAUUUGUCCUCGGGAAUUGUGACACUUAUCUGUAAAUUGACGAUCGAGUGGAUGAGCUAUAGCUCAUUGUUGGUAUACCAACAAUAUUGUACGAAUUAUUAAGCAAGCACGCCGCCACGUUGGAAGAACUAGAAGUCCGCAUGGAAUGGUUGAAUGAAGAGAGAAAAAUACUGGAAUGAAAUUUCCAGUAUUUCCCGUCUUGAAGAAACUCCACAUGGAUAAUUGUGAAACAUUGUCAAAAAUCGUGUUCGAAACGUACCCGGGAUCAGGAUAUUUUGGACCGAUUACUUACGCUAAAGGUUUCCCGGUCUUGGAAAUUUUGAAGAUUUGCGGUGAUAAGGGGGAGCCGUCCAGAGUGGAGUCAUUCCUUCCGCCGAAGGUUCCUCGUCAAGUGGUCGAGUCUGUGGAGGAGGUUGAUGCAGGGUUUG